CAUGACUGCAAUUAUUUCCCAGCUCGGUUAUUUAAUGCGGGACGAUGGAGGGGAGAAGUUCGGCGACGGCGAUCGUUGUCGGCAGCGACCAAAAACCCUAGCGCUAGUAGAUCUUUCGGACCCAGAUGCAAUCGCCGGCGAUCUUUUCCGUAAAGAGAACGUUCUGAUCUGUGAUGGCGGAUUGGAGAUUGGUGCUGCCGCUUAUUUUGAUCGCCGCAUUCCUAAUCUUCGAGGACCUCAUUACCGUACCCUCCUGCGUCAUAUCCGAUGGAGGCGGCGCCGUCGGUUCAAACAAGUUGAAGGCGAUGAUAGUUGCCGAUCUUCUCCUGAAGGGUCCCGAUGCGGGCUACGCCGACACCUUCUUCCGGAACAUCUUCAUAUCCCGCUUCUUUAGGAAAUCCUAUGAGAAGCUGGAGCCUGAUAUGCUUGUGAUCUUGGGUGAUAUCGCGGCUAAGAGGUUGGAGCUCGGGAAGGGUGACUGGUCGGUAGUGUUGCAGCAAUUAAAACGAGUGAUUGGUCCAUUUGAUGGAGUUCCUCUAGUUGUUGGGCUUGGAGAGAGAGAUGUUGGAGAGUGCUCUGAAUUAGAUGAAGAGUCCGUUGCUAAGAUUGCAAACAACCUACCGGGACUGGACCGCACGGGAUCGGCAUCUUUUAGGUUUGAAAAUGUGAGCUUUUUUCUGAUUAAUGACGUUGCUUUGCUCUGCAAUGAGAAUGCUUUGCGUUUUGGUGUUGAAAAGCUGAUAGAGAGUGAAAGCUUUGAUCUAAGAGAACAGUCGAAGGAUUCACUGCUCGAGGCUGCUGUGUCUGAUGAGAUAAACAUCCUCAACGAUGGCUUCCCCUCAUUGAAAAGUUACCCUCCUUCUGGAUCUGGGCCUGUUCUUUUACUUCACUUCCCUCUAAGCCGUGCAGCAGAAAUGAACAAUGAAAGAAACAAUACUCUUAAUGAAAAUCUUCAGAAAUUUGAACACAAUGGUACCGUCCAUGUUGAUAGUGAUACUGUGGAAGCCGUAUCUCCCCAGUUGAUGCAAACUCUUCCAUUGAAUGAGACCGAGUAUAUCUUGCAAUCUCUGAGGCCAAGGAUGGUAUUCAGUGCUCACAGACAACACUUCGACAUCUACAAUCACAGUGAUGGAACACUUGAAGUUAUUGUGCCAGCCAUGACUUGGACUUUAGGCGGUAGACCUGGUUUUGUUUUUGCCUCCUUUGGAGAAACCAACACCAGAGUGAGCCAUUGCUCCUUAGCAAGGGAAAUGCAUGUGGUGAUGGGUUAUCUUUCCAUUCUAGUCCUGCUGCUAUUUGCUACAAUUAUUUCAAGAGGUUCAUAUUCUGUAAGGUUUUUCCAAAUCUAAGUUUAUUUCCAGUGCCUCAGAAGGUGCGUUACUGACACUCUUUGAUUGUGGUAGAUCUGACCAAUGUGCACUAUCAAAGGUAUUUUUUAAAAUGUUUUUUUAGCAUGUGAGAGCUUCUUUUCCUCUGGAA